CAGACAGCUUUGAUGAGGUUUCGUUAAUAGACAAGUCAACAAGGAAAAGAAUGCACCUCGAAGUGAUAAACGAUCGAUUGCGUUGCUGCGAUGAAAAGUACAAGGCUAGUCAUUAAGGUAAAGCCGUACGAAGAUGGUUGCGACGUCGGCUCUUUUUCAGAGGCAGUCGUAUUUUUAGAAAUAUUGCACGCAUUAAGUAUAUUCCUUGACGCCGCACCACAGCCGCGAGUCGAUUUGUGUCUCAAAUGUUAACGGAAUCGUGAAUCGUCCAACACGGAAAAUGAACAAGGGUUGUUGGAAACUCAACGAGGAUGAGACAGCAUGUUAUGUUGACAUAGAGGAAGAAACUGAAGAUGAGAAAAAAGAUGCACCAUACAGUGAAUGGGAUUUGUUACCAGAUAUACUACUCGAAGAAAUUUUUUCUUAUUUGACAAUAAAGGAACGUUACUAUGCUUCUCUCGUCUGUCAAAAUUGGUACAGAGCUUUCAAACUUCCAUAUGUGUGGUCAACAUUUACCUUAGCAGAUACAACACUUGUCAGAGGAAAGUUUAACUACUACAGUGGCUGGCAGUAUGUUUUGGAUCACAUGAGAACUUCAACAUGUUUAAAUAAAAUUGGACGAAAUUUCAAGUGCCUUAUUUUUGAGCCAAUGAUGAGUUUUCAGAAUCUUUUUGAAUUCAUGAAUAUGAUUUCCUGGUACUCUGAGAGACAAAAAAUGGAUAAAUCUAUGAUCGGUAUUGGCACUAAUAUCAAGCGACUUAAAUUUACUUUUCCUUGUGAUAUGGCUAAUCGCAACAGAGACAACUCAGAGAAUAUGAAAUUAUUUGGAACUGGAGGAAAACUACUGGAAGCACUCAAAAGACUGAUGAGAAAUUUAGAAAAUAUAAAAAGUCUCGAAUUGAUAGAUUUGAUGUUAGAGAACAAAGAAGCAAUGCAUCUGAUGGAUGAUAUAUGUGCAAAUUGUACUCAGACAUUGAAGAAAUUAGUAUUAAUUAACACAACUAGACAACCAUGUCCUUUGUUGCAUGUUGGUGUUUUUUUAAAUUUAAAGAUUUUGGUUAUAAGUCCACAAAACCUUCAUGAGGACGUGAUCGAACUUUUAGGAUAUACUCAGUUGCAGCAUCUUCAUAUUCUACAAAAUAGAUAUAGUCCUAAAGACAUAUUCAUUAACUUGCCUAAAAACGCAGCUUGGAGAAAAAUGAAAUCCAACAACCCACAUUUAAGAGUUCAUUUUGAAAUUGAAAGUCAAAAGCCAUUAGAUAUAAUUUUACCGUUUAAUCCAAAUCAACCUAAUGAAAUUCCAUGUCAAAGCAUAGUUUUAGAUAAUCCAAAUACUCAGAUACCAUCAUCAAUUAUUUUGCAACAUGCUAUACACUUCAAUAAGACACUACGUGUUUAUGCUUUAAGAGGAUUAACGAGAUAUUAUCUACCACGAGUAUUUCCAAAAAGGGUUGAUGAAGCGAUAGUUAAACUCUGCAAGCUGUGUCCAGAUCUUCAUACAUUGAUGAUUCGCAACAAAAUUUCAACGGCGACAAUUUUAGAAAUCGUAUCGAUCGCAAAGUCGUUGCGCUUCCUGUAUGUACGGCGAAACGUAGUUUUGAAAAAGUGUGACGCCGACUGGUUAAGCAUCGUUGACUGGCCGGCAGAACAUUACAAAUGGAUCAAAGAUCAUUGUAAUGAUUAUGAGAAAACCGAAAGAGAAGUCUCAAGAAUAUUGGGUUAUCGAUGGCGAAUGUUAUCAGAAAAAGAAUUUGCUAAGCAAGCAAUAUCUUUACAUGUAUAACAUUAUUUUAUAAUCUGUCUUUUAUGUUUGUACCUUUAUAAAUAUAUAUAUAUAUACUUAUAUAUAUAUAUACUUAUAUAUAUAUAUAUAUAUAUAUUACUUGCUGUUACUGCCUUAAGAAAUUUUGUAGUUUUGUAGUAUUCUAUCUGGGC